AUGAACAGGCAAGGUAAAGCUUAUAAUAUCGGAAUAGUGCAAUGUUAUGUAACAGAUGUAACAGCCAAAAGGUUCAGUGCGUUAAGGCGUGGGGCGGGCGGGAAUCGUGUAGUGCGGGGCGGGGAGUGGCGAGGCGAGCCCGGCGCGCGUGGCCGCUCGGCCAGCAUUCCGAGUCGCGCGCCCGCUCCGAUCGCUCGUGCCGCGCCAUCCGCGCCGCACUGCUACUUCACUCGCCGCAACUUACCCGUACCGGUGCCAAAGAAAGAUCGAGACCAGAAAUACUAA